AUGCUCAAGCUUAGUUUAAGACUCCUGCAAGACAGAAAGAAGGAGGGCAAGAUUUCUCGCCUUGAAGUGAAGCCGGAAUUACCUGCUUUCGAAUGGCAAGUCACCGGCGAAACUGAGCUAGAGGAUUGUAUAACUCAGGCAACAGCAACUCUAAGUCAGCCUGACGAUGCACUAUUUGGAACCAUUAAUGAACGUUGUAAGUCUUCGCCUACAAGAAGCAGCGUAAGCAAAAAUCUGGUUUCAUGUAAUACAGAGUCCAGAAGAUUACGUUUAAUGCAAAUAAUAGAAGAUGAAAACUCGAGAACCAGAUUUAGGAAUUAUUUAGUUUCGCAAUAUUGUGAAGAAAAUUUGGACUUUUACAUGGACGUUUGCCAAUAUCACGAAUUUUUUUGCUCCACGAGAAUUCACAUCAACGACGAUAUUAGAGAAAUAAGCUCACAUGCAAAAUAUAUAUGGAAUUUUUAUUUGGAUUCCGACACUUCUUCAAAACCUUUGAAUGUUCCUCAGGAUCUUGCAAAUAGUUGUCAGCAAAAGAUUCAUUCACGACAAUAUAACAUUGACAUAUUUGACAAACUUCAGCAGCAUUGUUUCGACCUCAUGGUUCAAGAUUCUCUUCCAAAAUUUACCCGUAAUUCCAUGAUUCAUGAGUCUUAUUCUUAUUCUUCAUUGCCCUCACCCACAUUAAGCCUUAAUCCAUGCGUAAAUCAUCAAACGGAACCCAAUCAUCUUAAACCGCUCUCUUUUGUUGAGAAAAUAACCUCAGGUCCACGAAAGUCUCUUUCAUCUGGUUCCUUGAAAUUGAAGAUGACAUCGACCUUGGCCUCAUUGAAAACGGCGGUUGCUGAUUCUUCAAAAACCAUUAAUGAUCUUGAUUCCUCCAACAAAACCUUAUCAUCAAUUCCGCUUUCACUCAAUUCUCCAACUUUACCAUCCACUAAUUCAUUAUCACAAGAAAUUCACAUGGAAAACUCUGUGACUGCUAUAACCACUUCUGAAAAUUCGGAAUGCAACAGAUCUUCCAUGGCAUCUACGGGCUCCACAAACUCUUUGGGCUCUUUCAAUUCUGCAAGUUCCACCACUUUAACAAUUUCUAGCAAUUCUGCAGGUUCUGUCAAUUCGACAGGUUCUACGUUACCAACACCGACUUCAAUUCACAGCCAACGGUUGUCUUUCACAAACAUUACACGUCGCAUACUUUCGCGUCGUCGCAAUUCUCUCAGUUUGGUAUUAGGUCAAUUCUCACUUUCUGCACUCAACUCACAUUAUUCGAGUAACGAUAGAGUAAUGACGAUGCCAGGUUCUUAUCCUCAAGAAGAUCAAGAAGAUCGUGACGGAUUUGAACAAUGCGACGAAUCCUCUGACAAUGCGACCACGUGGCAGAAGCUUCGUCGCAACAUUUCCACACCCAAUUUUCAGUCACAGGUGACCUUAAGGUCACGAUCCGGCAUGAAUCUUCACGAAACAUACAUUCCUCAAAAAAGUCUCCCGCCUAUUCCAGCUGCAUCUGGGACCUAA